CAAUUUUAGAUUAAUCAAACAAUGGAUGUACGUCAAGAAGUUGCUGAUCUCGUUUUUUUUUUCUUUCUUUUUGUAUUUGUUCUUUUAUUUUCCAGUACUAGUGGACGUCGUAUCUGUAUCAGAAUUUUAUACACUUGUUCUUCAAUGGUGUUCAGUUUACCCUCUUCCUCCUCAUCUUCUUCUUCCACUUCUAGAUGGUCUCACCAUGUAUUCUUGAGUUUCAGAGGAAAAGAUACUCGCAAUACUUUUACUGCCCAUCUAUAUGAUGCUCUAUGUCGAAGAGGAAUCAAUACCUACAUAGAUGAGAAAGACCUUGAAAAAGGAGAGUCCAUUUCACCUAAACUUCUUAAAAUCAUUGAGGAAUCAAUGAUUUCUAUUAUUGUAUUAUCCCCAAACUAUGCCUCAUCUACAUGGUGUUUGGAGGAGUUAAUGAAGAUUCUUGAAUGUAAGGAAACAAAAAAACAAAUUGUUUUACCAGUAUUUUACCAUGUAGAUCCAUCAGAAAUACGAUAUCAGAGAGGGAGAUUUGGAGAAGCAUUGACUAAACAUCAAGAGAGGUUCAAGGACAACACGAAGGUGCAGAGGUGGAAGGCAACCCUACAAGAGGUUGCCAAUUUGGCUGGAGAACAUUUGGACAACGGGAAUGAAUCUGAAUUUAUCCAUAAAAUUAUUCAAUGGGUGGAUUCAAAAAUUGUUACAUUUACAUUCCUAAACAUUGCUGAGUAUCCAGUUGGACUAGAGUCUUGUGUAAAAGAGUUGAAAACUCUUUUAGGAAUUGGAAGGAAUGAUAUUACUCUCAUGAUAGGGAUCUACGGAAUUGGUGGAAUUGGUAAAACAACUAUCGCAAAAGCAGUCUAUAACUCGAUUGCAGAUCAAUUUGAAGCUAGAUGUUUUCUAGAAAAUGUUAGAGAGAUUUCAAGUCGAGAGGAUGGUUUGGUCAAACUGCAAGAUAGACUUCAUUUUGAGCUCUUAGGAGACUCUAGAAGUUUUAAUGUUGGCAAUGUUGGAGGUAUUAAUAUUAUAAGUCUUUGCUCCAAAAGGGUACUUCUAGUUCUUGAUGACGUGAAUGAGUUGGUCCAACUAAAAGAAUUAGCUGGAGAUCAUAAUUGGUUUGGUCCAGGAAGUAGAAUAAUAAUAACAACAAGAGAUCAACAUCUAUUAACUUAUCAUAAAGUUGAUUCAAUGUAUGAAGUGUCGAGAUUGGAUGACAACCAAGCUAGUCAACUAUUUAGUUGGCAUGCAUUUAAAAGAGACAAGCCAGUUGAAAGUUAUGUGGAACUCACAAAAUGUAUAAUUGGUUAUGCUAAGGGCCUUCCACUAGCUCUCAUAGUGCUUGGUUCAGAUCUGCAUGGUAGAAGUAUACAAGAAUGGAAAAGUGCAUUGGAAAAGUACGAAAGAAAUCCUAACAAGCGUAUUUAUGAAAUUCUUAAAAUAAGCUAUGAUGGGUUGGAUGAUAAGGAAAAGGAUAUUUUCCUUGACAUUGCAUGUUUCUUCAAGGGGAAGCAUAUUAAAUAUGUCUUGGAAAUACUAGACCAUUGUGGAUUUUCAUCAACUAUUGGCAUCACAAGGCUUAAAGAAAAGUGCCUCAUAAAUAUUGGUAGAUUUUAUCAGAAUGUGGAGAUGCAUGACUUAUUGCAAGAAAUGGGUAAAGAAAUUGUUCGACAAGAAUCUCCUAAAAAAGUUGGCAAACGUAGUAGAUUGUGGUUUCAUGAAGAUGUUCGCCAUGUAUUAGAAGAAAAUAUGGGAACAAACAAAAUUGAAGGGAUUUUGUUAGAUUUUCCUGGAGGCCAUGACACGAUAUGCUUACAUCCUGAGGCAUUUAUGAAGAUGAAGAGGCUUCGAUUGUUUAUAAAUCAUAAUGCACAAUUUUUUGCAGGACCUAAUUAUCUCUCUAAUGAAUUAAGAGUGCUUGAUUGGCCUAAUUAUCCUUCAUCAUUUGUGCCUUCUAGUUUUCAUGGAAACAAGCUCACUAUAUUUGGAAUGCCUUAUAGUCUCAUCAAGGAGUUAGGCGACCUAAAACCCAAGAACUUGACAGAUAUGGAUUUAUCUCAUUGUAAAUUCUUAACAAAAAUUCCUGAUCUUUCAAGUAGCCCAAAUUUGAAGCAGUUGAAUCUCCAAUGCUGUGAGAAUUUAGUUGAGGUUCAUCAUUCUGUUGGAUUCCUUGAUAAGCUUUCGGUUUUUCUUGUUAAUGGAUGCUGCAAGCUUAGGAUUUUUCCAAAAAGAUUCAAGUUGAGAUCUCUAUAUGUGCUUGAACUUUAUGAUUGCUCAAGUCUUGAAGACUUUCCUGAGAUUGAGUGUGAAAUGGUAUUUUUAUAUGGUAUAUGUCUUGAAGGCACUGGCAUAAAAGAGUUACCUGUAUCAAUUGAGAAUCUCACUGAACUUAAACAGUUAGAUCUAGAUGACACUGGUAUAAAAGAGCUACCUUCAUCAAUUGGGAGCCUUACUAAACUGGAAGUCCUAUCUCUGAACGACACUUGUAUAAAAGAGUUACCUUCAUCAAUUGGGAACCUCAGUGAACUUGAAAAGUUAUAUCUAAACGACACUGUUAUAAAAGAACUACCUUCAUCAAUUGGGAACCUCACUAAACUUGAAGCCUUGUAUCUAAAUGGCUCUAGUAUAGAAGAACUACCUUCCUCAAUUGGAAACCUUACUCAGCUUCGAUAUUUAUAUGCAAGAGGCUGCAAAAACCUUGUGCAUCUCCCAUCCAGUAUAGAUCAAUUGCAAAGUCUACGUUUUUUCCAACUAGACUCUGGUUCACAACCAAUAAACAUUGGAAACGUCGAGGAGGAUGGUAUGCAAUCCCCACCAUUUGUUGUGUCUACAGGUGAAUAUGAAAUUGCAUCAAGUGCAGAAUUGACUCCAACAAAUUCAAGCAUUUUUAAUGAUGGUUCCUCCUCAAGCACGAAUGGAGCAUUGUUAGUUUUAAGUCUUCAAUUCUGUUGCCUAUCAGAAUCAAAUUUCUUCACAAAUGCUAAUUACUUUCCCACUUUGGUUGAGUUAGAUCUAACUGGGAGUGAUAUUGUUAUCUUUCCUCAAAGUGAUAGAUUUGCUGUGUUGCGACACCUUUGUUUGAACAAUUGCAAAGAACUAGAAGAAAUUCUACCGCUUCCAUUGAGUAUAGAAAAGGUUGAAGCUCGUGGAUGCACGUCAUUGGAAAGUUUUGCACAACUAUCUGAAAUUCUUUUUAAAAACAAUGGAAGGGAUUUUAGUUUCCUAAAGAUUGACUUGUACGGAUGCCAUAAACUACUUGUGAAUAUGACGAUUACUUCAUGGGAAGAGAGACAUUCUAAGGAACAAAAUUGGGCAUACCCUUUUAAAGCAAGAAGUAUGGGCAUUAUAUUUCUAGGAAAGAGGAUUCCAAGCUGGUUCAAGUAUUGCAAGGAGGCCCAUGACAGUAAUUCAUGUGAAAUAGAUAUUAAUAGGAUGCAUUAUGGGGAUGAUGUAGAUGAAAUUGUUUUCUGUGUUGUUAUUGGAUUUAGAACUGGGAUCAACCUAGAAAUGGAGAAGACUGCAGUUUGUGUUAGAAUCCAUGAUGGAUGGCAUUGGAAUAUGUUAUUUAUUCAAUAUAUAAUAUUUGAUUGGACAGACUCAGACCAUUUAUGGAUGGCAUUCUGUCCCCUAACUUACCGCAAAGCUUCAAGGUUUAGAUUUGAAUGUGAUUCAGAGCUCGUGGUCUUUAGAAGUGUUGGGGUCCAUUUGGUAAAGAAGCAUGAAGAGAAUUCAAGAAAUCAUGCAGGUGUGCUCCAUGAAGAUGUUGGUGCCCAUUUUGAUGCAUUUAGUGAAUAAAUUGAAAGUUUGCAAAUUUAAUGGAUGGUAAGAGGUGUCAUGAUGAAUAUGGUUGCCACCAGGAAUCCAAUCAAUACCCUCAACAAAAGAGGCAUUUCUCAACCAGGGGCAUUUCUUUGCUGUUCCACCGCCUUCUUAGCAACUAGACUGGAGAUAGGGAGAUGCAUGACUAUAAGCUUGAAAAGAUGAAAUCCCUAUUGAACCAAACAAAUCGCUAUCCAUGCUAUCAAACAAUUGUUCAUGUGUAAUUUUAUGGCUGCAAGCCUAUAAGUGUGUAUGAAAAAUCUGCAGAUGUGAAGCUGUCACUGCGACUUGCAUGAAAUGCAGACAGAAAAGGUAUCUCUUUUCAUGUAGAAUUUUGUGCAUUGAUGAUUUCUUGUGCACAAUUUUCUCCAACCAAAUAGACCUAUGAUUGUUUGUGCACAUGAAAUGAAGGCUCUCUAUUAGAAAUGAUAAAGACAUGAAAUUCUAGGUACAAACAAACCUUUUAAUUGGAAAAAACCAUUAAGAGACUUUCCAAAUUUUAUUUUUCAUCUCUUGGUCUUCUUCUUUAGGUUUCCAUCUUUUUGGUUUUCUACUCCUAGUCCCCUUCUCAAUCAUCUCCCUGCCUCUUGAAUUACAUUAAGAUAUGUGAAUAAGAUUUGUGUGUAACCUAACACUUCUCGUUAGUAAAAUAAAAUUUUAUUCAAGUUUCAAGCACUUCCUCCAUUGGAUAUGAUGUAGUGGCUGUAACACUCCAAGAGAGACUCAAGCCACAUUUAGUCCUAUAUUUAAAAGCUUAAUUUGGGUUGUCCUUCACUUUCUUUUGUUGCUCUGCAGUUAUGGCUCCCUAGUGUACUUCUUUCUCUUCUCUUUUGAAUUGAAAUAAAGAUUGACUGACUUGAGUGCUGAAAUUUCAACCACUCUGAUGAAAAGAGACUGCUACAUUUUCUUGCAUCCUUCAUUUGCUUGGUAUGGUGGUGGGUGGUGAUAUGAUGCUCUAUACAUGAUGGGAUGUUUGGCAGUGCAGGUUAGGUUUUAACUACUCCCAUGCUUUAUUAUUUGGUUUCAAAUUAUCCCUUUUGGUUUGCUUGAAGUUCAUUAGGUGUUCUUGGAAAUACUCUCUCAGAUUCUCAUUUUCUUUUUUACUUUUUUUUUCUUUUUUUUCAAUGGUUAUUCUCAUUUUCUGAGAUGAUUUCUUCAAGUAUUUGCUAUUUUUAGUAGCUUUCUUGUGUUUAAUCUUGGGAAUCUUCUUAGAGAUUGUUUUUUUCUUCUUUGUGUGUGCAAUUGUCGGUAACAAAGAAAGAGCUUGAUUUUCUACAACAUUAAUCUGCAUUAGCCUAUCAGGUUGGCAAGAAUUGAGGUCAUUGGUAGAUUUGAGAAGAAAGGGUUUCAUUUGAAAGGUAAUAUAUUUGAGAACAUGUAAAAAGGGGCCCAGCCAUUGUAAAAUAAAGAGGAGAAAGACAAAAGCUUGGCAGCCCUUAGAGGGCACAAACCGUUGGCCCAAUGCUUGGAGGCCCAACCGCUCUAUCCCCUAUAUGACGUUGUUUCAUAUCUAAGGGAUAAAAUCCUAAGGCUUCGUUUGUUUUUGCAUAUAAGGUGAGAUGAGAUGAAAUGAGUUAAGUUGAUAUAAAAGUUGAAAGUUGAAUAAAAUAUUGUUAGUAUAUAUAUUUUUAAUAUUAUUUUUAUUUUAGGAUUUGAAAAAGUUGAAUUAUUUAUUUUAUUUUAUGCUAAAAUUUGAAAAAGUUAUAAUGAUUAGAUGAGAUGAUAUAAGAAUGGUUGUUAAAACAAAUAAGGCCUAAGCCUUUUCUUCUUCUCUUUUCUCCCUCCUCGUUGUCUGCACCUCCCCCUCCCAUGGCCUCCCUACAUGCAUCUCUCUCUUUCUCUGUGAGUCUUAGCCUUCAUCUCGAAUGCCUUGUCCCCGCCGCCCAUCCCUCACAACCUCUCUCUCUUCCCUCCCUUCUCUAUUUGUCGCACUGUGCUAUCGCAUAUUAGAAGCCUGCAAGGUUCUUCCCGUCACCCUUAGUUCCAUCAUUGCUGCCGAUAGGUCUAUCUUCCCCCCUCAUUCAUGUCUGUAUUUUCUUCUCUUUCCCCCAAUUCGUUCUCACUCUCCUGAUUUCACUCUCCUCUCUAUCGUCCCUACACGUUAUGCCAUCAUACUCAACCACCACUGUCAAGUCCUCUUCUUUGGUCCCUAUCCUAAUUUCCCUUCCUCAGAUCUCUCUCUCUCUCUCUCUCUCUCUCUCUCUCUCUCUCUCUCUCUCUCUCUCUCUCUCUCUCUCUCUCAGGGCUCUACCAUUGCCUCAAAUUCAUCAUCCACACUAUCGACCCUUGCGACACGCACACUCCGCCAUUAAACCCCACCUCUAGCUCACUCCACCACCCACUCACCCUUUCUCUUACUCUCUCGAAAAGCUUUGAUGUUUAGAGUUUUAAAAACCCUAGUUGCUGUCGUCAUCCCCCCCCCCCCCGGCGCCCAGCGCGUGCUGCACCACUGACACAGGCUGUUCUUCCUCUUGAGUGGGGGUGACAAAUAUGUGAUAUGACCCAUUAACCCAACACGAAUACGACACAAUAAAAUCGAGUUUAGCCUUAACACGUUCGGGUCAAAACGGGUUAACCCUUUAAGACACGAUUACUUAACGGAUCACUAAUGGGCUAACUCAUUAUGACUCGUUAAGAAAGUUAAAUUUACAUUUCUACUCUUAUAUGUAAAAACUAAAAAAACCUACUCCCAUGUCACUCUAACUUAGACUCCCUCAAAAUCUCACAUUCUUCUUCAGAUAUAUUGAGUCUGUCUUAGUUCUCAAUUGAGUCAGUUCUCAUAAGUCACGACUGCCUCCCACUUCCUAUGGAUUGUAAUUUUGGUGUUUUUAAUGUUUGGAUUUUAAUUUUAAACUUAUGUUAGUUUUCUUUUUUUGAGAGAUAUUGUGAUUUUAAGUUUUAUAUGAAAUUAUGUUGAUCAGGUCAAAUGGAUUAUUUAGGUCAAUUCAACUCAUUUAGAUAAACGGGUUGAAACUAAUCAAAACGGGUUAUGCCAUGUCAAUAUAUUUUUAAUUAAUUCAUAAUGAAUCAAAAUGGGUCGUGUCAUGUCAACCCGUUAUUUGAGCGGGUCAUGUUACGGUUUGGAAAUCUGACAUGUUAAGCUUAACGGGUCAUGUUCGGGUUAACCCAUAUCGUAUAAUAUACAUGAUUUAAUAUGACCCGUUAACACUAUUUUCCAUCCGUACUCUCGAGCUCAUUGUCCCUCUCAGAUCUACCCUCCUCCCUCCCUCAUGCUUUAUUUCCCCUCCCUUUCACCCUUUCUGUUUUGGCUAUGCCUUGAGCACCACCGUCGUCGUCCACCACCCACGCCUCAACUCAGUGCAUCACCAGAGCUCCUCCGCCCUUCCCUUCGUCCUUAUCCUUGCCUCAAACAUGCUCCCCAUCUCUCUUUCCCUUUUUGUGAGUCACUGCUAUGAUCCUAGCUCUGCCAAUGACCACCGCCACCUCAGAUCUCCCCCACCAUCUCUACCACCUUCAACUGCCUCACAUCUUUCUAACCCUAUCACACACCACAUGUCUCACUUCCCUUUUUGGCCUGUAGCACCCUUUCCCUGAGAGUUUAGAUUGUCGACCACUCAACCCCGCCAUCCCUUCCCACAAGGCUACUGUAUUAGUAGCACGAAAGUAGUGGAGGUUUAGAAUCGUAAUUGUUGCUUUUCAAAGCAACAAAGUAGUUUCACAAACUACCCACACCUUCAGACACAUUGUCCCGCAGCAUGUGUGGCCUUCGCGUCACAUGCUAACGGGAACACUCUUGACCUGCAAUAGAACCGAGAUGCUCUAAUCAUCUAGAAAAUACCCCUCUACACUAUAAGUGAUCUUUGGACUAGCUUUUAAAAUAAUUAUCGUUGAAAAAUUGUGAAAUUAUGUAUCGUGCAAUCUAGUUAUGAAUUUGUGUUGUUACUGAGGGCCUAUGUGAAGCGUUGGGAUAGAAGCUGUAGUUUGGCUGUGAAUUUGUGUGAUGGAUAAGGGCCACUGUGAAGUGUUGGGAUUCAAACUUGUAGUUGGUUAUGACGUCGGAAUUGGUUGUGCUGUUAAAAUAUUUUGUAUUUGUUUUAAUAAGUGUUGUUGUUGUUAUGACAUUCACUUAUUAACUGUUGCAUUCUUGGCUGCAUUAUAUAAUUAAUACCUGGUGUUGAUAAUUUUAUCAUUAAAUUCUGAUUAUGUUUGUGUAUAAGCUAAAAUUGGUAAAACAAUUGGUUUUUGUGUCAAAGGAUUUUUGUGGCUGCGUGCAUAUUAUGACCCCAAGCCGAGAUUAAGAAUUAUCUCGGUGAAACUCCUCUGGUCACUUGGGAGUGUGUAAAACUAAGUGGCAUCCCCUGAGUUGUUGCCAAGGGCUCGGGCGAGACGGUAACGCUCUCAGAUUAACUCUAUUGCCUCUCUGCUGGCGGAGGAAUAUCUGGUCACAUGCUCAGUCAUUACCUGUCGUGUGACAAAGGGAGACCGAGUGUGAGGGAGACUAUGGUGCAUAUAUUAAUAGAAUGAUUGUAUGGAUUCUAAGUGGAUCGUGACCCCAAGCCAAGAUAAGGCAUGUAAAACUUCUCUAGUCACUCAGGAGCAUGUAAAACUGAGUGACAAUCCAUGGGUUGUUGUUGGGCGACAAUAGCCUCAGGCGAGACGGUAAGACUCUCGGAUCGACUAUGUUGCCUCUUUGAUAGCAGAGGCUAAAGGAUGCUUGGUUACAUACGCACCAGCCGUGGAGAUGGGCAUUGCUUGUUACGAAUUCACAUGCCAGUCAUUACUUGUGGUGUGACAAAAGGAGCCAGAGUAUGUAGAUGGUUCAUAGGGGAGACCAUGAUGUAUACCUUAAUCAAAUGGAUGUUUUCAAAAUUAAAAAUGUGAUUUUUGGUUGCUUAAUUGUCUUGUGUGAUAAAUGGGUAUAUACUUGAAUCUAGUAAAUUGAAAAUGUUAGUAUUCUCUAAAAUUUCUUAUUUGCUUAAUUUCAUAUUUUUCCAUUUGCAUAUAUUUUGAGUGUUAGACUUGGUUUCCUUUACUAAGAUUUUGCGAAAUCUCAUUGUGGUAUCUCCACCUACAAUUCUGUAGAGAGGAACCAUAGAUUUUGAUGCAGAGGACGAGUAUGAAUAUGGAGGUCCAAUCCCGCCUAAGGGGUGAGAAUUAGGGGUAUUUUCCCCUUUUUUCUUAUUAAGCUUUAUUUAUUGGCUUGAUUAAAUUUGAAUGACUAUAUUAUUUUCUUGUCUAUAUUUGAAGAAUUGAGACUUCUGGAUUAUUUGGAAGGUGAUGUUUCAAAUUUUCUGGUACUAUUAGAAUUAAUGAUUGUCCUAUUUGUUUUUCCAUGGCUAAUUAACUACAUACUCUUGUAUUGCAUGUAUGCAUACACUUUGUUGUCACAAUGCGCUAGGGGUGCAUGACUUGAGUGGUUGACAUCUUGGCAUCACGACUUUCGCCAAAACACAAGUGGGGUUCAAGGGUGCCACAAUGUAUUUUUGCUCUUGAACCAUUCCUGAAAAUUUGUAAUGGAAAUUGGAGGGUAACUUUAUGUUCCUUAAUUGCAUGGCAUUGUAAAAUGCCAAUGUUUGUUCUCUCUCUUGUAAACUGUUGAUCUUAGUAUUACUAUCUAUAUGUAUUUCGUUGACAAAUUCUGGCCAUCUUACAUGGGCAUUGACGCCUUAAAAAAGUUUGAGAAACUGUUCACUUAUUAUUA